AUGUACUUUUCUGCUCAGGAGACCUCCGCUCGCCUCCCACGCCAUCGCGAAGAGCCGCGGAGGGAACCGCUGAGAGAGACUUCCAACUCGUCGGGCGGCGGCGGCGGCGGCGGGUCUUCGUCCUCCUCCUCCUCUUGCACCCCAUCGAGGCGCCUGCACGUCCUGCCCUGCUUGCACGCUUUCUGCCGCCAGUGCCUGGAGGCGCAGCGCCAUCCAACCGCGGGGGACGCUCUCAAGCUGCGUUGCCCCAUCUGCGACCAGAAGGUGGUGAUCUCGGAGCCGUCGGGCAUGGACGCGCUGCCUUCCUCCAACUUCCUCCUCAGCAACCUGCUCGACGUGGUCGUGGUGGCCGCCGCCGUCCGCCUCACCAAAGACCACUUCAUCGAGCGCUUCGCCCCGGGCCCGCCCGCGCCGACCGGGCCCGGGUCCGCCUCGGCGGCCGCCCAGCUCACCCUCAGCCAGCCCUAUGCCGCCCAGCCUUACAACAUCCUCUCCGUCUUCCCGGACAGGGUGAACUACUGCCAGCACCACGACGACGAGGUGUUGCAUUUCUAUUGUGACACAUGUUCUGUUCCCAUCUGCCGGGAAUGCACCAUGGAACGGCAUGUGGGCCACAGUUUUAUCUACCUCCAGGAUGCUCUGCAGGACUCCAGAACCCUGACGAUUCAACUAUUAGCUGAUGCUCAACAGGGACGCCAGGCCAUUCAGCUCAGUAUUGAGCAGGCCCAAGCUGUAGCAGAGCAAGUUGAAAUGAAGGCAAAGAUGGUACAAUCUGAAGUGAAGGCAGUGACAUCUAGACACAAGAAGGCACUGGAAGAAAGGGAGUGUGAGCUGCUAUGGAAGGUGGAGAAAAUCCGUCAAGUGAAAGCCAAGUCACUGUACCUACAGGUUGAAAAAUUACGUCAGAACCUCAACAAGCUUGACAACACCAUCAGUGCAGUCCAGCAGGUGCUGGAGGAGGGCCGGAACAUGGACAUUCUCUUGGCUCGAGAUCGGAUGCUCGCUCAGGUGCAGGAACUGAAGAAUGUUCGGGGCUUCUUGCAGCCUCAAGAGGAUGACAGGGUCAUGUUCACUCCUCCUGACCAGGCAUUGCAUAUGGCCAUCAAGUCCAUGGGGUUUGUCAGUAGCGGGGCCUUCGCUCCUCUGACCAAAGCCACUGGGGAAGGUCUCAAACGUGCACUGCAAGGCAAAGUGGCCUCUUUCACAGUCAUUGGCUAUGAUCACGAUGGGGAGCUGCGCCUUUCUGGGGGGGACAUGAUCUCUGCUGUGGUCAUGGGGCCAGAUGGAAACCUUUUUGGAGCAGAUAUUAGUGACCAGCAGAAUGGAACCUACCUCGUCAGUUACAGGCCACAGAUGGAAGGGGAGCACCUGAUAUCAGUCAUGAUGUGCAACCAGCAUAUAGAAAACAGUCCAUUCAAAGUCACAGUCAAGUCAGGGCGUAGCUAUGUGGGCAUUGGACUCCCAGGGCUCUGCUUUGCCAGUGAAGGGGAUAGUGAUGGGAAGCUGUGCCGUCCCUGGGGGGUUAGUGUAGAUAAGGAAGGCUAUAUCAUUGUGGCCGAUCGUAGCAACAACCGAAUCCAGGUGUUUAAGCCUUGUGGUGUUUUCCACCACAAGUUUGGCACCUUGGGUUCCAGACCUGGCCAGUUUGAUAGGCCUGCUGGCGUUGCCUGUGAUUCCUCACGGAGGAUUAUUGUGGCAGACAAGGACAAUCAUCGCAUCCAGAUCUUUACAUUUGAUGGCCAGUUCAUUCUGAAGUUUGGGGAGAAAGGCACAAAGAAUGGGCAGUUCAAUUACCCAUGGGAUGUAGCAGUAAACUCUGAAGGAAAAAUCCUGGUGUCCGACACAAGGAAUCAUCGGGUUCAGCUGUUUGGGCCUGACGGAGUGUUUCUGAAUAAGUAUGGUUUUGAAGGAGCACUCUGGAAGCACUUUGACUCCCCAAGAGGUGUGACAUUCAAUCACGAGGGCCAUCUAGUCGUGACAGAUUUCAACAAUCAUCGUCUCCUGGUUAUCCAUCCUGACUGUCAGUCAGCCCGCUUUCUUGGUUCUGAAGGCACAAGCAAUGGGCAAUUUCUGCGCCCACAAGGUGUGGCUGUGGACCAGGAGGGUCGUAUCAUUGUGGCAGAUUCCAGGAACCAUCGUGUGCAGAUCUUUGAGCCGAAUGGUAGUUUUUUAUGCAAAUUUGGAACUCAGGGAAGUGGCUUUGGUCAGAUGGACCGUCCUUCAGGUAUUACAGUCACCCCAGAUGGCAUGAUUGUUGUGGUUGACUUUGGAAACAAUCGGAUCCUUGUCUUCUAAUCUGUGUUUAUCUGUAAUAGGAACAAACUGUCUCAGGGAAAAUCAUUUUAAGAGAACACACACACACAUACACACAGAGAGAGACAUAUGUAUUACAAUGUUAGUUCAAACCUACCUCAUCUUUAAUUUUUUUUAAAUAGACGAAUGUACUUUCUAUUUUUAUCUGCAGGGAGUGAACCUGUAGUGUUAUUAAGAACUCUUUAUCUACCUCAUUAUCUUUGUGUUCUUACCUCCACAGUAUACACAGAGCAGUUUAAAGUUAAACCUCAUUUCCCUGGAUGGGACAUUCAUGCUAAAACAUGUUUGUGUGCAUGUUCUGCUGGUUUAUAUGGUAUAUUCUGUAGAUUCUGCAAAAAAAAAAA